UAGUAGUAAGAAGUGAGUAGCAUUGUCGUGCCGCAUCCUGAUGGCUUGCUCAUCUUCCUGCAACUAAUGGCAAUAUCUAUUAUAACAAUGGGAGAAGCGAAAUGACGGGAAAUGUACCGCUGAAGGAUUUGGCUAUUUACCACUGUCGUGGCGAGUAUCUAUCUCAUUUAACGUUAAUUCACAGUGACCACCACCUCUGAAGCCAGCUCACGGCGCCUCCCACUCAAAAUUUGUACCCUUUUUCAUAAAUUGAUUUGUCACUGCAGUUACCACCGCAUUUGGCCAGCUGAACUGUCUGGCUUUUUAUCAUCAUCCUCUUGUACUAUCAAGUUUCGACCUGUUUCGCGUAGUCCAAGGAACAGUUAUAACGUUAUAGGUUAACAUGUGCAGUUCAGAGAUGCCAAGGUGGAGGAACAUGUGAAGAUGUCCCUGAAGGCAGCCAAAACAUGGUGCAUUCGACUGGUCCCCCUCGUGUUGCUAUUCGUUUCCUACUACUGUUUCAACUUCUACCUUCAGAGCAAUGGAGGCACCAUUAAGGCCCCAGCUCCCACAAAGUCCCUGUGUGAGGAAUGGAUGGGGCAGGGGAAGAAAUGGGAAAACCUCAACUUCACCAUCACCAGGAAGACCGACCUAUUUUUACAACUGGAGGAUUUCUUCUGGCGACAACAUCUGGCAACGCUUGCAUUGCCUUAUGGUAUUAAAGGCAGUGAAUCACUCCUGCUGAAGAUUUUAGCGGUCACUGCCAAUUGCAAAAUGCCUGCCAGCAUUGAGAAUCUGGAUUGCAGAACCUGUGCAGUCAUAGGGAAUGGAUAUGCUAUCAAAAAUACCUCCCUUGGAGCUGCCAUUAACAAGUACGACGUCGUUAUCAGGCUCAACGACGCCCCAGUACGGGAAUAUGAGCAAGAUGUGGGCAACAAGACCACCCUGCGCCUCUUCUACCCCGAGUCAGCCUUCUACAACCCCAGCCUCCACAACAACCCAGACACGCUCCUGGUGCUGGUACCGUUCAAGCAGCAGGACCUGCGCUGGCUCAAAGAGAUCCUGUAUGACGAGAAAAGGGUGAGGAAAGGCUUCUGGAAGCCUCCUCCACAGAUCUGGUUGGGUAAGACCAGUCAGAUCCGUGUGCUGGACCCAUACUUUCUGCAACACACCGCCAGCAAACUGCUCCAGAUCCCUCUAAAUCCAAAGGGCAGAGAGAAACCCGUCCAUCCAACCACUGGGAUCUUAGCUGUGUUCAUCGCUCUGAACUACUGUGACGUUGUGCACAUAGCAGGCUUUGGAUACCCCGAGGCCAAGAACCAGAGGCAGCCGAUUCACUACUUUGGUUCCAAUACUAUGAAAUCUAUGAAAGAUUCUUACCAUGACCUCGAUCAUGAGGCACAAAUCCUGAGGAAACUGGAGGAGGCAGGAGCCAUAUUAUAUCUUCAUCCACAUUCCUGACACACAUAUUUAUGUCGAGACACACUCGUAUGCACAAACUUAAGUGCCCACAAGCGUAUCACACACACAGAGACACACACAGACACACACAGACACACACACACACACACACACACACACACACACACACACACACACACACACACACACACACACACACACACAUUUGUACAUCUGAGUUGAAUGUCUCUGUCUCUCACUCUAUUGUUCUCUCUCCUCUGCCUUGACAGGUGUUAAGAGACAUCUAGUCCUUGAGCCAGGCCCCCUAAAUUUGGUCAGUUGGUAACAUUCAAGGGGAAUAAGUCUCAGUCAUCUUUUCUUUUCUUUUUGUUCAUAAUUUUAGACAUAGUCAAGUGAAAUGUUUCUACAGUGAAAUGUUUCUACAGUAGUGUGUGUAGUGUUUUAAAUUUGGGUAUUUUAGAUCAAAAUACUGUCAACAGCCAUUAAAGCAACACCAUGGAGUUUUUCAACCUUUUGGGGUUCGGGUACGAACCGGUACGAACCAAAGAACUACAAAAUUCGACUGCUUUACGGCAUAUAGGGCCCACUUCCCCCACCACCUCCUCAAAUUCUGUGCGAGCGUUGAAUAGACAGUUGAUGCCUUAUAAACAUGAGCUAGGCGUGAUCUUUUGGCGUUUGAAAAAAAUAAAACCCAUGGAAUUAUAUUCAUAUGAUGAUAUGCUGAAAUGCAUGCUAUGGGCUAGGCUACCUGGAAUAGCUAUACAUUUCACACGCAACGCAGGCAGUCCGAGUUUGCCCAAGACGUGAGAACUCCUGCAGAAAUCGGCUUAUCAACAAAAGCACGUGUAUCCUAGCUCUGUCAUCUAGUCACUAGAUUCUAAUCUAGUGUCAUCAUGCUGCCAACCAAACUGCACGGGAGCUGGUUAUGUGUGCUAGUUAUAGCUCAACGUGUAAAUCUACCGCCUAAAGGCUACUGACCAAACAAUUAUCUUGAAAAACAAAGUUAUCACGUGUAAGAUUCUGUCAUCAUAUUAUAAGAGCUCUGCCUCUCCAAACAUUUUGGGCGUGCAAAUAUACGCCACUAUGGACGUGAAUACCAUAGAAUACAAUAUCUGGUGACCAUCGAAUUUUUUUUUAUGUUAUUAGACACUAAAAAUGACCACCCUAGAUUAGGCUAUUGCUCAUAAAUAUCGUAAUCGUUUUUUUUUUUUUUUUUUUUUUAAAUAAGUAAUGACCAACAAUAACCAACAUCAUCCCAAUACCGAGAACGUGCACAUACCUGAGCUGAAAGCCUAGUUUUACAAAUGUAUCACAACUGGUAUCGUAGUAGGCUACCACAUAAUUUAAUAUUUAAUGUGCAGCCUCAAUCUAGCCUAUAGGCUACUGUACGCUAUGUCUAACUUGCUUCUGGUGUAACCGUGACAGAUUUUACGACAUGUAGAAGAAAUUACCGUUUCCCAACUGUAGGGGGACCCCGAGAGCAAAACUUACAUGGUGUUGCUUUAAAACUACAAACACUAACAUUUUAUGUAACAUGGAAAGUAAUUAAAAGUUCUGGAACAUAUACCGUAAUUUUCCAACUAUUAGCCACUGUCCUGCAGCUUAUACACAAUGCGGCUAAUACACAGGAAAUUACUGUAUAGCAUGGGUUUACAUGGCGCAAGUUGAGGGGCAGCACCAAGCAUGCAUUUGGAUCACACUACGACCAAUUUUAACAGACUGUUUCCAGACUUUGACGUUGCAGCCUUUGUCCCGUUUCAGAUGACUAUAACACUGUAUCCAGUGUUAAAAUGUCUGUACUUGUAAAUGUAUGCACAUUAUGCACAUCACAAUAUGACUGCUAUGCUAGCUACACUAGCGGAGGUCAUAUCGUGAUUGUCAAAGUUUUGUUAUUCCGUCAUCUGCUUCCUGAGUUUUUGGUCAACGAUUCCCGGCACACCGUAACACCGGAAUAGUUAACAAGCGUCAAUUUAUUUUUGUGCAAUUUUGUGUUUCUGCAGUGGAGAAAGUGACGGUGCGCAUCUUGGAAGAAAGUGCGUCCAAAUUCACCCUUUCUUCUCUGUUGAACUACUCGCAAAGUUAGCCCACUUAUCACACAGACAUCACAUGAUGUAUCGCAUCCCACAAGAAAGAUCUUUUUCUCAGCUUUUAAACGAUGUUAGCCGCUAGUUGCCAUGGUAAGCGGUUUGCGAGAAAAGUAACUUUUGAAAAUCAUAUUAUUCUACAUACAGUUCUGCGCCCAUCUCGGUGGAAUACUUCACGAACUCUUCACUCAACACAUGACCGACCAGAAUAAACAGCAGACAGUGAUCUACAGAAAUCUACUACAAAUGCAGUGCUAUCACUUAUUUCAUAACUCGGUGGUAUACCUUGCCAAAAAUCACCUUGAGACUUAUUCCUCUCAGAUGGUACCGACCGACCCCACUGGCUCAAGGACAAAUCCUUACAUUUGUACUUCUGCACACAUGAACUUGUGAAUGUUUCCAUCCAUUAAUAAUGACUUGAAAAUGUACAGGUACAUACACACUAUCUAUAUGACACCCGUGAAUACAUGCACAUUCCCUAUCUCUCUCUCCCUCGCACUUCCAUAUGGACCGAAGUGUGAAACAUUCAACUCGUUCUGCGCUGGACUUCCUUCUCUAUCUCAUUCUGGAUGAGAUCAGAAAUAAUACUGCAAUUCCAGAAUUGUAUGUCUGAUUUUAGACAGACUUUUAAUAAGAAUAAUUUGUAAUUUAAUUUUUUAGAAUGAUUUCUUCAUAACUUCUACCACUGGAUAUUUUAUUCUAUGAAUUGUUUAAAUUUAUAUUAAAAUGAAAUCAAAUAAAAUAUUUUUUUUGGUA